GAGUAUCGCUUUCCUGGGAGCAGAGACGCCGUUGAAUAACCCGGAGAGCAGUCGGGCCGUCGGACAUUUAACCCUUGUUCCACCCGUUGACAAAUUCCCCCGUCUGGGUCCCCAAGCGGCCCGUUACUGCUUCAGGUAGACUAUGGCAUCUGGAAGCGAGGGGCCAGGGUCCGCCAGCCCCACGCCCUCACCUCCCCGAACCGCCAACCGACUGGCUAAAGAGAAGUCUCCAUACCUGCUGCAGCACGCGUACAACCCAGUAGACUGGUACCCAUGGGAACAGGAGGCCUUUGACAAAGCCAAGAGUGAAGACAAGCCAAUAUUCCUGUCAGUGGGAUACUCCACCUGCCACUGGUGUCACGUGAUGGAGCGAGAGUCGUUUGAGGACGUGGAGAUUGGACGCAUGCUGAGCGAGAACUUUGUCUGCAUCAAGGUGGACCGCGAGGAGAGACCAGACGUGGACAAGGUCUACAUGACCUUCGUCCAGGCCACCAGCGGGGGCGGGGGCUGGCCCAUGAGCGUGUGGCUGACCCCCGACCUUCGACCUUUCAUCGGGGGCACCUACUUCCCCCCCAGGGACAACGGGCGGCGGCCCGGCCUGAAAACAGUCCUGACCAGAAUCACAGAGCAGUGGCAGAGUAACCGCGCGGCGCUGGAGUCGAGCGGGGAGAAGGUUCUAGAAGCGCUGCGGAAGGGGACGGCCAUCGAGGGCCAGCCAGGCGAGACUCCGCCCCCGGCGCCGGACGUGGCUCACCGCUGCUUCCAGCAGCUCGCCCACUCCUAUGAGGAGGAGUACGGAGGCUUCAGGGACACGCCCAAGUUCCCCUCGCCAGUGAAUCUGAUGUUCCUGCUGUCCUACUGGGCUGUGAACCGCUCCCUGGAGGAGGGGGCAGAGGCACUCCAGAUGACCCUGCACACCCUCCGCAUGAUGGCCCUGGGGGGGAUACACGACCAUGUGGCUCAGGGUUUCCAUCGUUACUCCACAGACUCCUCCUGGCACGUUCCUCACUUUGAGAAGAUGCUGUACGACCAGGCCCAGCUGUCUGUGGCCUACAUCACUGCCUACCAGGUGUCUGGGGAGCAGCUGUUUGCAGAUGUGGCUCGGGAUAUUCUCCUCUACGUCUCCAGAGACCUGAGUGACAAGUCCGGAGGGUUCUACAGUGCGGAGGACGCAGACUCUGUCCCGGCGGGGGGGGGACCGGAGGGGGCGCGGUGCGAGGGGGCGUUCUGUGUGUGGACGGCGUCCCAGCUGAGAGAGCUGCUGCCGGAGGUGGUGGGCGGGGCCAGCGCGGGCGCCACCCUGGCUGACCUGUUCAUGCACCACUACGGGGUCAAGGAGCCCGGGAACGUCGACCCUGAACAGGACCCCCACGGGGAGCUGCAGGGGCAGAACGUGCUGAUCGUGCGCUACUCUGUGGAGCUCACAGCCGCUCGCUUUGGCCUCAGCAUGGACAGGGUCAAACAGCUACUGGCCUCAGCUAGAGCCAAGAUGGCCGCCGUCAGAGCCACACGGCCACGCCCACACCUGGACACCAAGAUGCUGGCUUCCUGGAACGGUCUGAUGCUGGCGGGGUACUCCAGGGUGGGCUCUGUGCUGGGAGACGCCGCUCUGCUGGAGAGGGCGGUCCAGUCCGCUCGCUUCCUCCACACACACAUGUGGGACGCCCAGCGCCGGACCAUGCUACACGCCUGUUACCGUGGAGACGAGAUGGAGGUGGAGCACGCAGCCACGCCCAUCGACGGUUUCCUUGACGACUAUGCGUACGUGGUGGCGGGGCUGCUGGAGCUGUACGAGGCCACGCAGCAGGAGGAGUGGCUUCGCUGGGGGGAGGAGCUACAGGAGAGACAGGACGUCCUGUUCUGGGACGCCCAGGGAGGGGGGUACUACUGCAGCGACCCGGGGGACGACACUGUGCUGCUGAAGCUGAAGCAGGACCAGGAUGGAGCAGAGCCCAGUGCUAACUCUGUCUCAGCCAUGAACCUGCUGCGCUUGUCUCAGUACACUGGGCGUCCCGCCUGGGUGGAGCGCUGCAGGCUGCUGCUGGCUGCCUUCUCUGACAGGCUCACCCGAGUCCCCAUCGCCCUGCCGGACAUGGUGCGAGGCCUCAUGGCCCAGCACUACACACUCACACAGAUAGUUAUUUGUGGACAGAGGGGUGCACCAGACACUGCCAGCCUGCUGAACACAGUCAACUCCAUCUUCCUACCACACAAGGUAAAGCUGUGUGCGUGUGUGUGUGUGUGGAUGGGCUGA